AUGGAAGCCAUUGGCAACGCUGGUUCCGCUAUUGGAAUCUUGGCCAAAGACGGAGUGGUCUUGAUUGGCGAGAAGAAAGUCACCUCUAAGCUUCUUCAAACCUCCACAUCCGCUGAGAAAAUGUACAAGAUUGAUGACCAUGUGGCCUGUGCUGUGGCUGGUAUCAUGUCUGAUGCCAACAUUCUGAUCAACACCGCUCGUGUCCAAGCUCAGCGUUACACCUUCAUGUACCAAGAGCCUAUGCCUGUUGAGCAGCUGGUUCAGUCUUUGUGUGACACCAAGCAAGGGUACACACAGUUUGGUGGUCUUCGUCCCUUUGGCGUUUCCUUUCUUUUUGCAGGAUGGGACAAGAACCAUGGGUUUCAACUGUAUAUGAGUGACCCCAGUGGGAACUACAGUGGAUGGAAAGCUGCAGCUGUUGGUGCCAAUAACCAAGCUGCUCAGUCUAUUCUUAAGCAAGACUAUAAGGAUGAUGCAUCUAGGGAAGAGGUGGUUGAGCUCGCUCUCAAGGUUUUGAGCAAGACGAUGGACACCACAACCUUGACAUCUGAGAAGCUCGAGCUUUCUGAGGUGUUUCUGACUCCAUCAGGGAGUGUUAAGUACCAUGUUCACUCCCCUGACUCGCUUACUAAGCUUUUGGUGAAGCAUGGUGUGACGCAACCAACUGCAGAAACUUCCUAA